AUGAACAUCAUUACCUGGAUGAGCAACUACACUGGACAGUCAGAUUUCACCCUGGUGGGAUUCUUCAGUCAGUCCAAACACCCUGCCCUGCUUGCUGUGGUCAUAUUUGUGGUUUUCCUGAUGGCCUUGUCUGGGAAUGCCCUCCUGAUCCUUCUGAUAAUCUCUGACACCCGCCUCCAAACACCCAUGUACUUUUUCAUCAGCCAGUUGUCCCUCAUGGACAUGAUGUACAUUUCUGUCACUGUACCCAAGAUGCUCAUUGACCAGGUUCUUGGGAGCCACAAGAUCUCAGCUGCUGCCUGUGGGAUACAGAUGUUUCUCUAUGUGACACUAGCAGGUUCAGAAUUUUUCCUCUUGGCUACCAUGUCUUAUGACCGCUAUGUGGCCAUCUGCCAUCCACUCCGUUAUCCUGUCCUCAUGAACCGUAGAGUGUGUCUCCUCCUGAUGUCUGUCUGUUGGUUCCUGGGAUCCUUGGAUGGCUUUAUGUUCACUCCUGUCACCAUGACCUUCCCAUUCUGUGGAUCCCAUGAGAUCCAUCACUUUUUCUGUGAGGUCCCUGCUGUGACAAAGCUCUCCUGUUCAGACACCUGGCUCUAUGAGACCCUCAUGUACCUGUGCUGUGUGCUCAUGCUUCUCAUCCCUGUGACAGUCAUAUCAAGCUCCUAUUCAUUCAUCCUCCUCACAGUUAUCAGGAUGAACUCGGCAGAGGGCAGGAAGAAGGCCCUGGCCACCUGCUCCUCCCACAUGACUGUGGUCAUCCUCUUCUAUGGUGCUGCUGUCUACACCUACAUGCUCCCUGCCUCCUUCCACACCCCUGAGAAGGACAUGGUGGUGUCUGUGUUUUACACAAUACUCACUCCUCUGCUGAACCCACUAAUCUACAGUCUUAGGAAUAAGAAUGUCACAGAGGCCCUGAAGAAACUGUUGGGUGUGGCACCCCUCUUUCAAGAAACAGUAAAAUAA